AUGGCAUUGCGAAACCUUCUGACAGGAUCCCUGCUGGGAGCCUUCACGCUUGCCGGUUCUGUCAAUGGCCUACUGGCAGAUGAAGUGCCGACGACCUCCGAUGCUGGUGUCCCAUAUUUUCCCAGUGAGACUCUUCAGCUGACCGACCAAGCAUUGGCCUCGCUGGACAAGAACCAGUCCAAAUAUUUCGAUUUUGGCACCAGUGACAACUCCACCCUUGUCACUCGCAGUCAACUUGGAUGCAAGUCCCUCCCCGGGGACUUCUUUUGGCCGGCCGAAUUCGUGUGGUCUCUCUUUGACUUUGUCCUGGGCGGCGCCUUGAUCAAGACUGUGCCUCUGGCUGCUUCUUGCUACCCUUCCUGGUCCGAGUAUGACGCCAACGAGUGCGAUUUUGUCACCAAGAACUGGACCAACUCCAACCUCCAUGCUGCCGACUCGGCCUCGGUGAUGUGGCCUCUCUUCGAGGGCCGAUCGUGUCUUCCUAAUGUCAACGGCACCGGCGAAUGUACCCUUGGUGGUUAUUCUAGCUACGCUGUCAAUGUGAGCAAUGUGGCUCAGAUUCAACUAGCUGUGAACUUUGCUCGUAUCUCCAAUCUUCGUCUUGUUGUCAAGAACACUGGUCAUGACUUCAAUGGCAAGUCUACUGGUGCCGGUGCUCUCGGCAUCUGGACUCACAACAUGAAGGAACUCGACUACAUUCCCAACUACAGCAGUUCCAGCUACUCUGGCCCUGCAGUCAAGAUGGGCGCCGGUGUGCAGGCUUCAGAAAUCUAUGCUAUGGCCAACAAGUUCGGCUUUACCGCCGUUGGUGGUGAGGGCAAGACUGUUGGUGUUGCUGGUGGUUAUUUCCUCGGUGGCGGUCACUCUCCCAUGUCCAGUAUCUAUGGCCUGGCUGCUGAUCAGGUCCUGGCCAUGGAGGUCGUCCUUGCCAACGGUCGCUUCGUGACGGUCACGGAGCAGAGCGAUCCUGACCUGUUCUGGGCUCUCCGUGGUGGUGGUGGUGGUACCUUUGGUAUCGUCACUUCCGUGAUUUCUCGCGUCCACCCUAAGGUUGGCGUCACUCUGUCCAAGUUCAGCUUCGCCACUGGUCCCACUGUCUCCGUGGACGCUUUCUUCGAGGGUGUUCGCUCGUACAUGACGCGCUUCCCCGCUCACGCGGAUGCUGGUACUUAUGCGUACUUCUGGGUUCUGCCCACGGGAGCUGACAAGUUCACCUUCCUGAUGAACCCCUUCUUUGCUGUCAACCACACCGUGGACCAGUUCAACGCCCUUGUGAAGCCGUGGUUUGAUGACCUCAAGGCCUUGGGCAUUGAGAUCUCCGCCGACUCCAAGUACUACGAUAACUUCUACGGUGCUUGGGAUGCAGGUUUCCCUCUCGAGGUUGUCGGCAGCACUACCUUGCUGACCGGCUCCCGUCUGUUCCCUCGUGCCAACUUUGAGAACGAGACCUUGUUCAACACGACCUUUGACACCCUUCGAUCCACUCUGACCUCUGGACACGCUCUCCUUGCUUUCAACAUGAAGGCUGAGCUGCCUGCGGGAUACCCCUCCGACGCUGCCAAUCCGGCUUUCCGCAACGCUCUCAUGCACGCUAUCACUUCCACCUCAUGGGAUGCCACUGCCACCGACGCAGAGAUUUUGACCAAGAUGGAAGAAUUCAACAACGACGUCUUGGGUCCCUGGCGUAAGACUUGCCCGGAGUCGGGUGCUUACAUGUCCGAGGCGCUCAUCUUGGAGCCCAACUUCCAGCAGGCCUUCUAUGGCUCCAACUAUGACCGUCUGUACCAGCUGAAGCAGCGUUACGAUCCCUACGGACUCUUCUACGCUCCCACUGGUGUCGGCAGUGAGAACUGGCAAGUCAAGAGCGUGGAUGGUCUACCUGAUCAGAACGGUCGUCUGUGUCCUGUUUAA